CAGCCCUAGCCUUACCAUUGAACAGUAGAGCUUAAUCAAUAUGGCGUAAUCAAGUUAUAUAAGUUACAGAGCCGCUAAGCGGUAAUGUCGCCAUUACUGUGUUCCGGUUUUGAAGGGUUACAAGUGGUACUGCUAACGCUGUUGGAAAACAUCCUGUAUCUACCGAUAACAUACGCGAAAUUGAAACCAAUGUUUUCGUUUCGAAUUGGUUUCCUGUUCCUUCUAUUUCAAACAGUGUAUCUGAACAAGACAACGAUAAUCGUGGAUGCACCGAGUGAUGGAAAAUGGUCGGCGAGCAAAGCGAAAGGGUGCGGCGACACAGAGUUCGAUGGACCCAUUGUCUUUGUUGGCAAUUUUACUACAUACGGACUUACGUUACACGAUUUCCACGAAAAGUCACGGGUCACGGUACAUUUGAAUGACAGUGUUAGUUUUUACAAAUUAAAAAAUGUAAGAACUCCGCUGAAAAGUUUUGAAUUAAACUAUGACAAUUUUCUCAUGAACAACUCGUUCAUUUGGAGUAGUUAUCGAGAAUACAGGAAUACAUUUCAAAGAGGAUUAGAUUUAAAUAACAAAGAAACUACCGUGAACGUAGAAGGCGAGGCAGUGUACAUUAUUAUAAUACAGACGUUGACAUUAAAACGGGACGGUAGUAUGAAAUUUCUCAAUUACGUUCUUGCGUCAUCAGAUCAAUUGACUGAAAAUACAACGGAAUCAUCGGAAAGUGACACUGGAUCAUCGGAAAGUGACACUGUAUCAUCGGAAAACGAAAACGAUACUUCCGAAUACGAAACUGAAUCAUCCGAAAACGAAACGUCAUCGGAAUAUGAAACUGAAUCAUCCAGAAAUGAAACUGAAUCGUUAAAUUAUUUUCGAUUUUUUAAUUUCCCGGAAAGUUUUAGACAACAAUUUAUGACGCAAUAUGACAAUGAUUGUGCAGAAGUGUAUGUUCAAGUUACGUCUAUAGAUAUAAACAUUUAA